AUGGCUGCUACUGCAGCUGGUACAGCUUAUGCGAUUGAUGUAAUUACUAUUCAACGAUUAUUUUAUAAACAAACAAUACAUCCUGGUAUUGGUAUUAUUUUUCUUAUAACAUCACAAAUUCUAGGAUAUGGAAUGGCUGGUAUAAUGAGAAGAUUUCUUGUUUGGCCAGCAGCUAUGAUCUGGCCAGCAAAUCUUGUUAAUUGUGCACUUUUUCGAACUUUACAUAAUGAUAAAGAUAAUGAAGAUGAUAAUGAAAGAUCACAUUGGAGAACGUCUCGUUUAAAAUUUUUCUUCUUAGCAUUUCUUUUUCAUUUUUUAUGGUAUUGGUUUCCUGGUUAUAUAUUUCCAGUUUUAUCAGCUUUCUCUUGGAUUUGUAUGAUUAAACCUGAUAAUAUUCUUCUUUCACAACUUACUGGGAUUUAUGGAUUAGGAAUUGGUUCAAUUGAAUUAGAUUGGAAUGCAUGGGUAGCAUUUCUUCGUUCACCUAUUAUUGUACCAUUUUGGGCUCAAGUUAAUAUUUUUGUUGGUUUUGUUGUCUUAGCAUGGAUAAUAGCACCGGCUGCAUAUUAUAGCAAUCUAUGGAAUUCGAAAGUUUUACCAAUUGUUAGUGUUCGAGUGUUUAAUGAAGAUGGACAUUUUUAUAAUAUUUCUGCUGUACUCAAUUCACAUCUUCGUUUAAAUGAAACUGCCUAUAAACUAUACGGUGAACUUCGAAUGACACCAAUGUUUGCUUUUUCUUAUGGUAUCUCGUUUGCUGCAAUUACUGCAGUUAUUAUUCAUACCAUAUUAUAUCAAGGUAAAACGAUAAUAAAACAAUUUCGAUCAUCUUUAAAAGACAAUACUGGAGAUAUUCAUGCUAAACUUAUGUCUCAUUAUAAAGAAGCACCAAAAUGGUGGUAUACUGUUCUAUUUGUUGUGGCAUUUAUUUUAGCAGCUAUUGUUUGUCAUUUUGGUGAAUUAAUGCCAUGGUAUUAUCUUUUUCUUGCUGUUGCUAUUGCAUUUUUUUUUCUUUUACCAACGGGAAUUGUUCAAGCUGUAACAAAUCAAGCAAUUGGACUUAAUGUUAUUACUGAAUUCACAAUUGGUGUAGCGAGGCCUGGUGAUCCAUUAGCAAAUGUUACAUUUAAAACAUAUGGUUAUAUUACUCAAUAUCAAGCAUUAUUACUUGUAUCUGAUUUAAAAUUAGGUCAUUAUAUGAAAAUUCCUCCUCGUGCAAUGUUUAUUACUCAAUUAACAGGUACAAUUAUUGCUGGAAUAAUAAAUUUUCUGACAGCUAAUUAUUUAAUGAAUACUAUUCCAAAUAUUUGUACUCAAGAAAAUUUACAUUGGACAUGUCCAAAUGCGAAUACAUUUUUUAGUGCAUCAAUUAUUUGGGGAGCUAUUGGACCAAUAAAAAUGUUUGGUAAAGGAGCAACUUAUUCUUAUCUUCUUUAUGGUUUUCUUAUUGGUGGUGUUCUUCCAAUAUUAGGAUGGAUUCUUAUGAAAACAUUUCCUAAAAUAGAAUGGCUUAAAUAUAUUCAUUUUCCUAUUAUGUUAUCAGCUACAGCUAUGAUGCCACCUGCUCCACCAGGUAAUUAUCCAUCAUGGCUGUUAGUUGGUUUUAUCUUUAAUUUUAUUCUUGCACGUUAUGCGCGAUCAUGGUGGAAACGAUAUGCAUAUGUAUUUUCACGUGACCCGACAGUUGAGCUUCCGACAGAUGAGCCCCGACAGUUGAGCCCCGACAAAUGA